UAAAAUUGGCCGGUUUAUUUACUGACGACCACUGAAUCGCCGAUGAUGCAUCAUUAGAUGACUAGUCGCAUUGCACAAACAAAAAGGAAUCGAAUUCCUGACCCUUUCUCCGCCCCAAAACGCCUAAACUCCAAGCAACCGCAAAAUAACCACCGAUUCCUUGCAGCCCCGCGAAUCUUCGGCCCCUUCCCCACCCGACACGGCACACCACCACUCUCUGCCGCCCCCCCUUCCUUCCCCUGCGCUCCUCUUUGCCCUCCGAAUCCCCGCUCGCGAACCCUAGCCGGCCUCCGCGAGAUGGACGAGGACUGGGAGCUCCUCCUCGCGUCCCCCAAGGCGGCGGUGGCGGCCGAGCCGUACGCUGGCGGCGGAGGCGGGGGCGGGGAGGACGACGCCGGCGCCAUCAAGCACGACUACUUCGACCUCGGCUCCGACGCCAAGUACCCCCGGAGGGCGUCGCUGUCGAAGGGGAACGACGAGGUGGACGAGGAGGAGGGUGUGGAUGAGGGGCUUCUUGGGGCGUCAGACAACUCGAGCUGGGUGGAGCCGGACCCUGACGACCUUCUCUUCCCCGGCCGCGACCGCGCGGCGCUCUGGUCGGACUCGUCCUCCGACGGGGAGAGGCCCGAGGUCGAGGCCACCGAUCCGGUGGAGCGGGCCAGGGAAGAGGACGGCGUCACGGUGGCAGCCGCGGCUGAUGGGGGCGAGGGGGCCGUGGCGAAGGGAGGAGGAGGACCGGUCCCGUGGUGGAAGCUGUCGCUGGACGCGCUGCGGGUGUGGGCGCUACGCGCGGCGAGGAGCGCCUGGUCGGUGCCGUUCGCCGUCGCGCUGCUUGGAUUCGCCGUGCUCGGGCGACGGCUGUACCGGAUGCGCCGCCAGAGCAAGGCCGUCGCGCGCGUCCGCCUCGUCCUCGACGAAAAGAAGGUCUCCCAAUUCAAGGGCCAAUCAUCACGUCUGAAUGAAUCCAUGACGAUGGUGCGGCGAACUCCUAUCAUAAAACCUAUGCUUCCUGCCAAUGGAGUGACUCCAUGGCCUGUGCUGGGGCACCUGUGAGAUGUGUGAUCAGUGACGUGAUAGAGGCAUAGAGCUAAUAAUACAACUGCGCCAGCCAUGCAGAGACGCUUACAGGCCGGCAUAUUAUGCAAUGCCCAGCAGCAGAUGUACUGGCUGCUUGUAAUUUGGAACUAUACACUUGUGGAAGACCUUGUAAGUUUCCGUUCACGCGGAAUGAUAUUUAGGCCUGAUCUAGUUUGUGUUUCUUUUGUGUAUACCCAUGUUUAUAAUUUUAUUUUCUGAAUCCUUAUGUCAUGGAUCUUAUGUGCUGGAGAUGUAAAUGAUUGAGUACUGAGUACCCAUGGUACUAUGGUAAUGUGCUGUAUAUGACUAUUACCCAUAAAUCAAUGUACAAGUGGAAUUUAGGUUA